AUCACUAUACAUCCGCGUUAUCGUCCUUCAUCCUGCUUAUAUAUUUACCUUGACAUAUUCUCACAUUGUUAUAUUUUAUUGUUGUGGUGGUUUUGUGUGGGAUUAAUGGAGGAUUUUUGUGUUUUAGGUCUGCCAAGAUGGGGCGGCGACCAGCCCGUUGUUAUCGCUACUGCAAGAAUAAACCGUAUCCCAAGUCGCGGUUCUGUCGUGGUGUGCCCGACCCAAAGAUUCGUAUAUUUGACUUGGGCAGGAAGAAGGCCGACGUACGUGAAUUACCGCUGUGCGUACACCUGGUUUCUGACGAAUAUGAACAACUCUCUUCUGAAGCUCUAGAGGCGGGUCGCAUCUGUGCAAACAAGUACCUAGUAAAGAACUGUGGCAAGGAUCAGUUCCACGUCCGUGUUCGACUCCACCCAUUCCAUGUCAUCCGCAUCAACAAAAUGUUGUCGUGUGCCGGUGCUGAUAGGUUGCAGACCGGCAUGCGUGGUGCCUUCGGCAAACCUCAGGGUACUGUAGCUCGUGUGCAGAUCGGUCAGCCCAUCAUGUCUGUACGGACCCAUGACCGUCACAAAGUGCAUGUAAUUGAAGCUCUCAGACGUGCGAAGUUCAAGUACCCUGGCCGCCAGAAAAUCUACGUGUCCCGUAAGUGGGGCUUCACCAAGUUCAACAGGGACGAGUACGAGGAACUGAUGGCAAGUGGUCGCCUCUUCCCUGAUGGGGUUAAUGUCCAGUACCGUCCUGAACAUGGACCUUUAUUGACUUGGAAAAAAGUCCAGUUGGAACUUGCUGGCUUAACCUAAGUUUGUAAUUUAAAUAAACUGGUGACUAGUUGAA